AUGUCCUACAUUCUUACAGCGAUCUCACAUGAUGAUUCUCAGUUUGAUCAAGAGACCCUCAAAAACAUUGAACAAUUUCUGAUUGAGAAUUUUUCACAAAUUUCUUCAACCAAACAGUUAUCUCCACGUGCAUAUGACUACACUAUCUCCAUUAAUGAUUUCGAAACUGCAAAACAAAUUGUCAAAGAUUAUGCUAUUUCGAAGCCUUUUGAUCUUAUUAUUCAAGAGCAGUCUACUAGGAAAAACAAGAAAUUAUUUAUUUUUGAUAUGGACUCUACGUUGAUUUAUCAAGAAGUUAUUGAGUUGAUUGCCAGUUAUGCUGAUAUCGAAGAUAAAGUUGCCGAAAUCACUACCAGAGCAAUGAAUGGUGAGUUGGAUUUCAAUCAAUCAUUAGCUGAACGUGUGUUAUUAUUAAAAGGAAUUGAUGCAACUUCCAUUUGGGAAGAAUUGAAAGAAAAGAUCCAAGUCACCAACGGUGUCCCAGAAUUGUGCAAGGCAUUGAAAAAGUUGGGAAUAGUAUUAGGUGUUUGUUCCGGUGGAUUCAUCCCAUUAGCAGAAUUCUUGAAAGGGAAAUUAGGUUUAGAUUAUGCCUUUGCCAAUACUUUGGGAGUUGACGAUUCUAAUCAUUUGAAUGGUACCACUAUUGGACCAAUAGUUAAUGGAGAAAAGAAAGCAGAAUUGUUGUUGGAAAUUGCAGAAAAACACAAUAUUGAUCCAAAGGAUGCCGUGGCAGUCGGUGAUGGAGCAAAUGAUUUGAAAAUGAUGGCCACUGGUGGUUUUGGUAUCGCAUGGAAUGCUAAACCAAAGGUCCAAAAGUUGGCUCCAGCCUGUUUGAAUACAAAGAGUUUGUUGGACAUCAUGUACAUAAUGGGAUAUACUGACGCUGAAAUUAAGAAAUUAAUAGAAUAG